CGUUGUACGUACGCCGCGAGAAGUGUUUUCAUGGCGACGGACGGGGAGUGCUCGGCGCGUCGUCCGGCGUCGUCGUCUCGGAAGGCGGGGCCGGCGGUCCGAAGCCACAGCGAGGCGGAGCGGAAGCGGCGGCAGCGCAUCAACGGCCACCUCGCCACGCUACGCACCUUCGUCCCCUCCGCAUCCCGGAUGGACAAGGCGGCGCUGCUGGGGGAGGUGGUGCGGCACGUGCGGGAGCUGCGUGGCAAGGCGAGCGACGCCACGGCCGGGGCCGACGUCGUCUUCCCCGGGGAAGCCGACGAGGUCGGCGUCGAGGAAGAAGAAGAAGAAGACGACCACGGCCAGCACCACCAACAGCGGCGGCGUCGUGGUGGGCGCGUCGUCCGGGCGUGGGUGUGCUGCGCCGACCGCCCGGGCCUCAUGUCCGACCUGGGCCGGGCCGUGCGCUCCGCUAGCGCCAGCGCGCGGCCAGUGCGCGCCGAGAUCGCCACCGUCGGCGGGCGGACGCGCGGCGUCCUGGAGCUGGACUGCGACGCCGACGGCAUCGGCAAUGCCAGCGACAGGGCCGUGGCGCUCUCGGCCCUGCGCGCCGCGCUGCGCACCGUGCUGCUCAACCGGGACGAGCUCCUCCUCGCCGCCGCCGCCGCCAGGGAAGACGAAGGGCACAAGCGGCCGCGGCGCCUCUCGCCGCCGCAGACGCCGCCGUCCUGGAGCAGUGCAGACCUGCAGUCCAGCGAUCUACUCUAGCUACUAGCACUCUACCUAGUCGAUCCAUACAGUAGCAUGCAAAUGCGAUUAAUGAUGCGGCAAAGCGAAGGGAGCGAUGCCGCGUCGAUACGUACGCUCUACGGUCUACAGUCUACAGUGCACAUGCUCGGCCUGUUUCGUGUUAAGCUAAAGCUCUGUACGUUUCGCCUGCCAUGGUCGGCGCCUGUACUUGCAGGUUGCACCUAAGCUAGUAGUAGAUGGCUUUGUAGGAUUGUCAGGUAUAUGCACUGUGGCGGUAGUUGAAGUUUGCAGCUUGGGCUCGUGCGGUGCCCCUAUGUCUGUGUUGUGUCCAUCGGUACUUCGGAAUAGGCCGAGCAUGAAUGGAUCGACAUCGAUGGUCAUGGUAGCACUAUUUGCAGACAACCGCCGCUGUUUCGUCUUCAUACUCGAGGAACUGCCGCUUCUGUCUCUAUGACCCAUAUCACGUCAUCACAGAGACCCACUGUUACUUUGGUCGUUCAAAAUGAUCACGAUGCUAUAACAAUUGAA